AUGAAUAACAAACGACAUAAUGAGCUCAGCACAAGAUUAGAGAUCCACUCAAGAAUUGUAAUGGCUUUGAAAGUCCCAAAGAUAACCUGUAGGUGGAUAAAUUUCAUAUAUCCAAGUGAAUUAUUUGUAGGAAGCACCAUAGCAUGGCUUCUUGGUGAAGAGACGCUUUCUAAGCAGAGAAAUGAGUGGUAUUUACUUCAAUCCGGGAACAUGAUCAAUCAGAUCUUUGCAUACAAAGGUAACUUGAUUUGGACAUUUCUGUUUAUUGGAUUGGCCGUCGCACGAACAUAUCUUGAAAGUCGUAUCUCCGCAGAUUUACCUCGAGAUGCAAGAAUGAUAGGCCGUAAUCCUGUUAAAGGUUGCAUUAAACAAUAUGUGAGCAAGAUCAUUCUAAAAAACGUCCUGCUGCUACUUAUUUUUUUCAUUAUAGAUAGGACUUUCAUUCUUACUGGAGGUUCGUGCUCUAGCGGCAGUAAGAUAAGAUCAGCAGAAAGAUGCAAAGCGAAUGGUGGUAAAUGGGAAGGAGGAUUCGAUAUAAGUGGUCAUUUCUGCUUCUUGGUUAACAUAAGCAUGAUUCUGUGGCUUGAACUGCAACAACUUCGACAUUACAUUGUGGAACAAGAACUUCAAUUCGCGCUCAACACAUGGUGCCAGGCAAUUGUCGGUUGCACAGUAAGUGUACUUAUCAUGUGGAUUGUAAUACUAAUGGUAACCUCGAUAUACUACCAUACUGUCCUGGAAAAAAUUAUUGGCUGCGCCAUGGGUUAUAUUUGUCCUAUUGUCAUGUUUGUGAUCAUACCAAAAAAUUUAAGAUUGAAUAAAUUGCUGUACCAAUAA